AUGGAAUUAAUCAAUUUUAAAAAACCCCAAAUCCUUUUGACGCGUUUGCCUACUCCGGUUCCGACUGGAGAGGCGGAGGUCGGAGGGCGCAAGCCCAACGACGGUGAUGAGGUGGAGAAGAGCAUGGGCGACAGGCCCAUGGUAGUGGAGGCCGGAACAUCAUCUAGGCCGGAAGAGUUGGAAAUGGACUCGGAGUCAAGCCUGAGUGUCUCCUCUGUCCGGAGCAGAAGGCUCUGGAGGAGACACUCCCAGUCCAUAGACAACUGCUCGCUUCGAUCGAGUGACACCGACGAGCCGCCACCCAAGGCGCCAACAACUGACGGUCGAGGGAGAGGGCGUUCCACUCCCACUCCCACGACUGGAAAAUACGUCGGGAUAAAGAAGGCCCAACAAGAACGGGACAGGCUGAAGAGGGAAGAGGCGCGAAAGAGGGCCGAAGAGGAGCUGGAAGAGCGGCUGCGUUACGUGAAGUCGCCGCUCCCUCCCAAAACCGACACGGACGAUGACCUACCCGUCCUUAAGGAGGACCUAAUCCAGUGCGGGCAAAUUGUGCGGGCAACUGUGAGAAAGUCCGGAAAUCUAAAGGGCACGUCACAAAAGGCGCUCAACCGAGUAAUUAAUAUUAUCACUCGGUACGUACAGCAGCCAGAGUCGGCCGCCAUUACCCGUCUGGAAGAGGAGAGAAAGAAGUGGCGCGAAAACAGCGCGCGCCUGGAGGAGAGCGUAAAGCGGCUAGAAGAGGAAAACUCCUCCCUCCGCCGUCGGCUCGAGGACCUGGAAGCGUCAAACAACUCCAGGACCACCACGGAGGAAAUGCUGGCCAUGGUAGAAGCAAGGGUCCAGGCCAGACUGGAGUCGGCCCUGAUGGGGCCAGCCCAGAGGCCCAGCCUGGCCCACGAAAGAAAGGCCGCCUCGGGGGACACACAGCUCCCAGUGUCAGGAGGCAUAGUAGGUGGUGCCCCCGCGCCGAAGUCGAAGAGGGAAAAGGGAAAAGGAACGGGGAAGAGGACAGCCCAACCCGCUCCCCCUCACCCCGCCGCAGUAGCAGAAGGAACCAGCGCGCCACCGCAGCCAAUUGCGGGACCCUCAACGGCGCCAGACACCACACCGGCACCCCGCGCCGCUCGCCAGAGGAAGGGUCAAACCAAGAAGACGGCACCGGCGCCAAAGGAAGGAGGGAAAAAGAAGGGCCCGGUUCAAGCCAGUCCGGAGCCCCGCCCAUUGCCACCGGCCCCCACCUCCAUGGAGACACCGUGGGUCGUUGUGGCAAGCAGAAAGAGCAAGAAGACGAAGCCUGCAGUGCCGCCGAAAAAAGUGCAGGCACAACAACAGGCACGCCGGACCGAACCCAAAGUGCGACCGCCACGCUCCGCGGCAGUUAUCAUUUCGCUUACGCCAGCGGCGGUGGCAAAGGGGCUUUCGUACAAGCAGGUGCUAACGGACGCCCAGACAAGGGUAGACCUCACCGGCCUUGACAUAUCGAGGCUGAAGCCAAAGAGGCUAUGGAGAAGGCAUUCCCGCUCGAUCGACAGCUGGUCGCUCAACCUAACCAGCGACACCGACGAGCCGGUGCCCAAGGCGCAGACCACCGACGGCCGAGGGAGAGGACGUCCUCCCUCCGUCGGAAAAUACGUCGGCCUCAGACAGGCGCAGCGCGAGCGUGACAGGCUCAAGCGCGAGGAAGCACGCCAAAAGCCGGAAUCAGAGGUCGUUGCCCGUCUGGAGUGUGAGGUGAAAAAGUCGCUCGAACACAGUGCCCGCCUCGAGGCGAGCAUGAAGCUCAUUCAAGAGGAGAAUACAGCCCUCCGCCGCCGGCUCGAGGAACUCGAAGCGUCUGCGAGCAAAACGUCAGCAGAAGAAAUGUGGGCUAUGGAAGAAGGAGGCGACGGCGCCAGGGAAAAGGCGGCGCUCAACCCCAAACCCUCCAAAGGAAAGAGGAAGAAGCCGGCCCUCCAAGCCCCUGCACCGGAGCCCCGCCCUCUGCCGCCGGCCCCCGCAUCGAUGGAGACGCCGUGGGUAGAAGUGGUGGGCCGAAACAAGAAGAAGAGGAAGCCCGCUGCAGCGGUGAACACCCAGCCGCGACAGCCGGCGCGCCGGGCUGAGCCAAAGUUACGACCGCCACGCUCCGCAGCGGUCGUCAUAACGUCUGUCUCCUGCGGCGGUAGCAAAGGGCCUAUCUUAUAA